AUGGGAGAACGCAAGGGACAAAAUCUGUAUUAUCCACCGGAUUACGAUCCAAAAGCCGGUGGUUUGAACAAAUGGCAAGGAACACACGCGUUGCGGGAACGCGCCCGCAAAAUCCAUCUCGGCAUCUUGAUUAUCCGGUUCGAGAUGCCGUAUAACAUUUGGUGCGAUGGGUGCAAAAACCACAUAGGCAUGGGUGUGCGAUAUAAUGCGGAGAAGAAAAAGGUCGGCAUGUACUAUUCCACGCCCGUGUACCAGUUCCGGAUGAAAUGCCACCUGUGUGACAAUCACUUUGAGAUCAAAACCGAUCCACAGAAUCUCGAUUAUGAGAUUGUUUCCGGUGCGCGACGCCAGGAAAAUCGAUGGGAUCCGACACAAAACGAGCAGAUCGUACCGGAAACGAAGGAAGUGCAACGCAAAUUGUUCGACGAUGCUAUGUACAAGCUGGAACAUGGAGCGAAAGACACGAAGGCGGCUGAAGAUGCCAAACCCGUGCUGGGGCGAUUGUUUCAACGUAACGAUUCCGUUUGGCGGGAUGAUUUCGAAGCGAACAGUCGAUUACGGGCACAGUUUAGGACACGGAAAAAGGAGUUAAAACUUCAAGAGGAAAAGGACAAUGCCUUGCUGGUACGUUCCAGCCUAGCGGUUGCCUUGCUGCCGGAAAGUGAUAACGAUCGACGUAUGGCACAACUGAUGCGAUUACACUCUUCAAAAACAGUACACGAAAAAGACAAAGAACGGCGCAACGCUAUUCUUAAUCGACCCGUGCUGCCCUCGACUUCGUCUAGCAAAUCGACAAUAGUCGCCAAGCUAGAACCCAAAAGUUUAGGUAUCGUAAAACGAUCAGCAACUAGCUCUGGAGAGGUAUCCACCAAACAAUCAGUGGAGGAAAAACGGCCCAAGGUGGCGACGAUAGUAGUUCCUGAAACGAAUGUUGAAGAACCAAAUGCAUCCAAGACUGAGGGCGAAACUCGCCCUCAACUGCUGCUGUGCAACUAUGGAUCCGGAUCUAGUGAUAGUGAUUAA